UCAAGCACGGCAGCAAAUCAGUCGGUACAAACAAAUUAACGAAUAUUCAGUAGGGUUAGGCGGUUAGCGGUUGGGGACUUGGCGAGCACGAGCACGAGCCCACUGGUUAUUCAGUCGGCGUCGCUUAGUCUACUGUCCACUAAGCCUCACUAUUUAAAAAUUCCAGGAAUCCUGGCUGGGGAAUAUCAGGAGCCCCAAUUGCAACUAGACAUCAAGCAUGGGCAUCCCCCAAUUCAUUCCAGCAAGUAAGCUUUAUCGGCAUAAUAAGCUUUCGUGGAUUAUUAUCAAGCACUUAUCAUCAGCAUCACGCAAUAAUACUAAACUCACAAAAAUUGUACACCCCACAAGCUCCCAUCUUUCAAUCACUAGCAAGGCUCUCCUGGAAUAUGUGGUUUCUUCUCAAUGGCAAUUCAUCGAACAGGUUUUGCCCCAUAUCACGCCCUCCUUGGUCUCGUCUACCCUUUUCGAUCUCCGCUCAUCCCCGGACCACAUUUUCCAGUUCACGCAAAAGCUCACCUCCGAUUGUCUCGACAUCAACUGUUAUUGCCUCGCCAUCUCAAUACUUUCUCGCCUUCCAUCCCCUCGUCAUGCACUGCAGCUCCUCAAGCAAGCAGUCAGUUCUCGUAUUGCGACUCAAGGAGAGAUUUUUCAUGGGCUGAUGAGUGCUCGAGAGAAACUGCAGUUGAAGAGUACAAUAUCAUUGGAUUUUCUUGUACAGGCACUUUGUGAGUUGAAGAGGUGUGACGAGGCGUUGAAGUGCUUUUACUUGAUCACAGAGAAGGGAAUUUUGCCAAAUGUUGUGACUUGUAAUGCGUUAUUGAGUUCAUUGCUCAAGUGUAAUAGGAUGGAAUCAGCUUGGGACGUGUUCGGCCAGAUGUAUAGGUUGGGGAUUAGUCCAAAUCGCUACACAUUUAAUAUAAUGAUCAAUGUACUGUGUAAAGAAGGGAAAUUGAUGAAGGCCAGACAGUUUGCUGAACAGAUGGAUGGAUUAGGGUUCAAGCCAGACAUCAUUACGUAUAAUACUUUAAUACAUGGGCAUUGUUUUAGGGGUGAUCUCAAAGGAGCAAGUGAACUUAUGGAGGCAAUGAGGGAUAAAGGGGUUAAACCAGAUGCAUACACUUACAACUCUCUUAUCAGUGGGUUGACAAAAGAGGGUAAAUUUGAGAAGGCUUCUGAUAUCAUCAAGAAAAUGGAUGAAUAUGGCUUUGUCCAGACAGCUGUGACUUACAAUACUAUAAUUAGUAUGUACUGUAAUAAUGGGGAUCUAGAAAGGGCAUUUUCUACCAAGGAUGAUAUGGUCAAGAGGGGGAUAAUUCCCACUGUAACCACCUAUAAUAUGUUGAUUCAAGGUUUGAUUCUGGAAGGGAGGGUGACAGAAGGUAAAAAUUUAAUGAAAGAAAUGAGACAAAAAGGGAUGGUUCCUGACGUUAUUACGUAUAACACAUUGAUGAAUGGCCAUUCCAGGGCAGGGAAGGCAAAAGAGGCUCUAAGUCUCCAUGAUGAAAUGUUGACCACAGGUAUUGAGCCUACACUUAUUACUUACACUUCACUUGUUUAUGUACUGGGCAAGAGGAACAGAAUGAGUGAGGCAGAUGACUUGUUUGCAAAAAUGAUACAGAGAGGAAUUCUCCCAGACCUUAUAAUGUUUAAUACAUUAAUUGACGGCCAUUGUUCUAAUGGAAAUAUCGAGCGUGCAAUUUUGAUUUUAAAGGAGAUGGAUAGGAUGACGGUUAGUCCAGAUGAGGUCACCUACAACACUUUAAUGCAUAGGUAUUGUAGGGAAGGUAAAGUUGAAGAAGCAUGUAAACUUUUGGAUGAGAUGAAGAAGCGAGGCAUCAAACCAGACGUCAUUAGCUAUAAUACACUAAUCAGUGGGUAUUGUCGAAAAGGUGACAUGGAGGAUGCUUUUAGAGUUAGAGAUGUGAUGCUUAGUCUGGGAUUUAGCCCAACCCUCUUGACCUACAAUGCCCUUAUACAGGGGUUGUGUAAAACCAAGCAAGGUGAGGCCGCGGAGGAACUUCUCAAAGAAAUGGUUAGCAAAGGCAUUAAGCCCAACGACGACACAUAUCUUUUUUUAAUUGAAGGAAUUGGGGAUGUUGAUUCUUUCUUGGGGAAAGAAAACCCAUCAGAUAAUCGUAUGAUACAAACAGCAAACAUCUAAUGUGGGAAUGCCAAAGCCUCUAUAGGUUUCUUAUAGGCAGUGCAGCGAACUCCAACAUUCUUCAAGCACCAGAGGGAAUACUCAUGAUGGUACUUUUUGUUUUGAGAAAACUAGAAAAGCCAUUUGGUAGUGGAUCUUUAAAGUGCUUUCAAUCACUAUCUUUACGAGGGGUUUAAACGUCUACUCGAAUAAUGCAAUCAGUGGAGGAAUCAGUAGCGAUGGAUGCACUAAAGAAUCCAAACAAAUCCACUAAGCAGUUGCACCUUCCGCAACAUUUUCUUCCAAAUGUCACAUGACAGGUGAAUUUAUUAUUUGCUAACUUAGUCUUACACUCUUUUACUUAAUGAGAUGACUUUUCUUUAUUAGUUUUUUUAGUCUCUCUUUGUGCGAUUUCCAUACAACCCAUUGUUGAUACGUGUAUUCAUAUGCUAAUGGUUUUCUAUUUGUUUGUUUCAAAGCUCUAAAUCUGAAUUUCAUUCAGUUUUUAUCCAAAAUCCUAUGUUAAAAGUUUUAUUUGAAGUGAAUGAUUGAUAUUAGGUUAUUCCAAUGUUCUACUGUGAUUCUGUGAAUAGAGAUGAAUAGGUGUAGGUUGCAUUAUAGAUUAACCAGCCACAUUUAUUGGGCCAAUAUGUCGACUGUUAAGUGUUAAAAAAAACCACAUGUUGUCGUUGAGGAACUAAGCUUUUUCCUCGACCAGAUGGAGAGAAGAUCCACCGUGGGAAGAACUAGAGAGUAGAGACGUAUAAAUGUGACUGAUGAUUUGGUGUUAAUUUUUAAAUAAAUUUUCUAAUUUUCCUUUGGGCUAAUUUUUUUUUCUUUCUAUUUCUUAAGUUUCAUAUGCUGGUGUUUUACAUAUUUUGCUAAUGUUUUAUCAUUUAAAAGGCUGAACUAUUUAAAAAGACACAAGUUACUAUUGGUUAGAUGAUUACCUGCCACUUUAGUCAUGGUGCCACAAAAUAUGAUUUAAGUUUAGGUAGAAAGAGCUAGAUACAUACUUCCUCCGUAUUUUAAAGUUGGGAAAAAAAACGCGUUGAGAAAACACUCUCGUCUCUCACUAGGAUUUUCUCGAACCCCUGGGUCGAGAAUUUUUUAGGUUGCGCGUGGAUCCAACAGAUUAAGCUACAAAUUUCUUCUUGUUGCUAGCUCGUAAUUCACUACUCCAUCUUAUCUUUGGUUUAGAUUUGAGGGAAAUCGAAGUUACAGCUGAAACGAAGAAAUAAUUGAACUUAGAGCUCGCAGAAUCUACUGUUCACCACUUUAUGAUUUCUGCUGAAUAAUCAAACUCCGACGACUGUUUUUGGAUUUAAGGAAUCGAUUGGGGGUCGCCACCUCCUGGCGAACCUCCCGGUACCUGUACCGUAUCCCAAUUCAUCCUAAGGCGCUAGAACUGAAAGAUCCGUUGAGAAGACCAUUGUUUUGGGUUUUCUCAGAUUUUUUGAACUUCUACUGAUUAAUACCAAAUUAAAAGCUCAUCUGUGAAGCCUCAACUAGACGAACAAUUUGGUACCUGAUUGGAGCCAAAUGAGUAAGAACACUGGAAAUCGAGCACUAUUCAUCAAUACGCAGAUUUGGUGAUUUUCUGUAUUGUUCUUCAUCUGGAGAUAACUUGGAAUUCUGAAGCUUUAAUUGGUCUCAGGGGACUGUAACGAAGCUAAGUAUACGUUUCCCCAUUUAAUUUGAGCACUCUGGUUCUGCGUUUUUACUGUUCAUCUUCUUCACUGCUUGACAGUUUUCUAGAACUAGUUAAACUUUUUCUGGGAUUGUUCUGGGUAUUGUUUUUGAUAGCGGUUAAUUUCUGAGAGCUUCUUAUCACUUGAGGAACGUCCUAGAAUUCUUUGAGACUUUUCUAAAAACUUUGAAAAAUUAAAGUUGGGUCUUGAUUUUCUCUGAAAAUACACCUAUUUUCAGAUACUGCUGAACGUUGUACCUGUGUCUUGCUUUAGAUACUUGCUUCUUUUUUCGAACUAACAAUGCAGGUAAGCUUAUCAAACUAAGAGGUGUACCUCUUAGUUUACUGAGAUUUUCUGGGGAGCUCUUGUUCUGCAUAUUCUUUAAUAUGACAAAAAAGAACAAACAACAGAGAACCCCACCUGCUAAAGACAAGUUAUUCGAUGAAAAAAUCAAGUACCUGAACGAAAAGAAAGCUGCUAAGGCCGCACUUCAGGCUGAGAAGAUGAUUAAGAAAGGUAUAUUCAAUGAGGUUUUACCUAUUGAUGCCCCUGUUAUCUCCUCAAACUCCACCGAAGCCACUGAAGGGCUGGGACUUGAAGCAAAUGUUGAGGUAUCAACUGCGGGGGGAGGACUGGAUGCUAAUGCUGUGGAUCCUAGAUCACCCCAAACUGCUGCCAAUGAUAAGGAGGAUGCUCCUCCUACUUUGGGGGCUACCCCAAUUGAGAUUAUGGACAAUAUUACACCUGCUAAUGUUGGGGCUGUAAAUGCUGAGGCCUCUAAAGUGGAUGAUGUUGCUGAUGUUAAUGCUUUGGAUAUGACGGAUUCUAGUGCUGGUGCACCACUCAUUGCUGGAGAUAACGAGAAUGAUGGUGCCUCUUCUUCAAAGGCCAAGACACCAAAUGUUGCUGGGGUUAAUCCAACCACCCCUGCACCUAAUAUUAUCACUGCUGAGGCAUCCCAGGGGUCGGGUGUUGUUGGGUCUUAUGCAGAAGCUUUACGUGGGACAGGCUCCUCUAAUGCCGCGGACCAGUUGGAGUUAUCUUUAAAGCCAACAAAGCCUAUCAUAGAAACUGAUGAUGAAUUAGGGAGAUCAAUUUCCUUGGGAUCCCAGGACACAAUUCUUCCAAUUGCAAAACUUCCAAAAAAUGGUGGUCAACCUAAGAAGUGGAAUGCACUUUUCCAUGAUAACCGAGCACCAACAAAUGGCCUCAAAUUGGAGUACUUCCCUCCUACCGGUGAAAUACUCGAUUUUUCUCAUCUAAAGGUACCUACUUUGGUAGAAAUUUGGGGUCACUGCCUGGUUGGAUAUUUUUCUGGUAGAUUCCCGGGCUUGAAAGCUAUUCAUGAUAUGACGGCCAAGUGGAAUGUGGAGGUUCAUGUGAAAUCCCAUAGCAAAGGGUGGGUAAUUUUCAAAUUCAAGAGUGAAGAGGAUCGAUUACAUGUAUUAGCCGAAGGACCCUAUGUGCUAUUCGGGAAGACUAUGUACCUCAAAGAGCUCUCCGAUGAUUUUUCAACCAAUGGGGAGGAAUUCCUAAAACUGCCAAUUUGGAUAAAAUUCCCUAGACUGUCUAUGAGACUUUGGAAAGCAAAAGAAAUAGGUAUGAUAGCAUCUCAAGUGGGAAUACCUAUCACAACCGACAAGGUCACUCAAGAUACGGUCUACCCCCAUUUUGCGCGUGUACUUAUUGAGGUUGAUGUUUCUAAACCCCCGGUGAUGCAAUUUCCAAUUAUUCCACCGUCGGGUAAAGAAUACAUGCAACAAGUGAUUUAUGAGACUUUUCCGGAAUAUUGUUUCCAUUGUAAAAAAUAUGGUCACCACUGUUUUACAUGCUUGAUUCUUAAUCCACCUAAGGAAAAGACUACAAGGAAGCCUACUGCCAAAGAAAAAGGAAAGGGGGCUGCCACCCCUAUUGAUGUUGCUGAUCCCCCAUUUGAUAUUGUGAACCGGAAUAAGAGCAAAGGAGUCUAUGUGAGAAGGGUACCACUGGGAAAUGAUGGCGCUUCUACAUCUAAACUUACUGGACCACAUCAACAAGCUACUGGAAUGGACCCAUCCACUGAGGCCGAGCCUACUGCCAACGAAUCUGAUGCGCUGGCUGUCAUCCCUGAGCUAUCUGUCGAGACUGAUCCUAUAUUUGAAUGGGAAGGGAGGCUGAUUACGAGUGUACAUGAGCUAGAACCAGAUGAUAUAGUCAACAAAUUUAUAACAAAGGAAGAUGGUGCACAUAUUGCUUAUGUUAAAAAGAGGCACCAAAUAAAGAGCUUUAUUCCGGUGGCGAGGCUGGGCAAGAACUAUCAAAGGGUGCAGAAUCUGGAUGCCCCAGCUUUAUCAUUCACUGACCCAUGUUUGGUUGGGCUUCCUGGAGUGAGGCGAACUAGAUCCUGGUAUGCAUUUAAUAGAGAAGUCUUUUUUCUUAAUGUUGCUAGUUUUUUUGAUGUGCAGGCGAAACACAAUGUAAAUUUCCUACAUAAUAAGGAAAUCUCCGCCCUUGAGCAAACUGCCAUCACUGAACCAGUAAACAUGGAGGUUGCCAACUGUCCGCCUAAAGCAGCCUAUGUGGAAUCCCGUGGUGACAAAGCUUUCAACGAGGGGAAAGGGUACCUUGUUACGAAUAUGUAUGAGAUGGGGAUUGACGACGUUGUAACCAUGGUCCUCUUGGACGAAAAGAACAGGACAAUUGCGUACGCAUGGGCACCGGAAGAAGUCCCAAAGGGCGUGACAACGGUUAAAAUAGGGGCAAAUCUGGAAUCGGUUCCCUUUGAUGAAACCGGAAUAACGUUCACCGAGGACUAUCUCCUUAGCUGCCCCGAAGUUAAAAAGAAUGGAGAAUGGUAUGAUUUCGAUAAACCUACCUUUAUUCAACGUGUUCUUUCCUUCUUUGAUGCUAGCCAGGAAAGGAACAAGAAAUAUCUUAAGGAGAUGCGAAGAAGAGCUAGGAAGGAAAAGAAGGACAAAGGAGGGAUAGACCCGGAAGAUGUGUCUUAUACAUCGGACUUCUAUCUCACUUGAGGUGAUGGGUAUGAUUCAGUAGUCCUUACUUUUGAAUGUUAAUUAAAAUUGCAUCCUGGAAUAUUAGAGGGUUGAAAAAACCCUCUAAGCAUAGUGUUAUUAAUAAUUUUAUUAAGAGUAAUCAUAUUACUCUUUGUUGUUUUUUAGAGACAAAAAUGAACCCGGUUAGUUUUAAAAAUUAUGUCUCUAAUAGGUGGCCGGGGUGGUCGCAUGAAACUAAUUUUGAAACUAUUAACGGUGGGCGUAUGGGCAUUAUGUGGGACCCUAAUUUUGUGAGUUGCUCGUUUUUGGAAAUUGACAAACAAUAUAUGCAUGUCAAAUGCACAUGUCGGGUCACCCAAAUCACCUUAUAUGCUACUUUUGUUUAUCCAUUAUAUACUGUAUUAGAACGCAAGGUUCUUUGGGAUCACUUAACGGAUUUGGGGAUUCAUAUUAUAGAUCCUUGGGUUAUUAGUGGUGAUUUUAAUUGUGUUUGUUCGCCAAAUGAGAGGGUGAGUCCAACCCCCCCCUCGGCUUACAUAAUGCAACAUUUGGGUGAUUUUAUGGUCUCGGCCAACCUACAAGAUGCUCCAUCCACGGGUGUUUUCUACACGUGGAAUAGGGGUACUCUUUGGGCUAAGCUUGACCGAGUAUUAAUAAAUGAUGUUUGGGGACAAAAUGGCUUUGGGUGUAAGGUUCAUUUUUAUGAUAUUGAGGUGGAGUUUGAUCAUUCGGCCUCCGUUUUUUCUAUACUCCAUAGUUCCUCCCCUAAGCCCAAGCCAUUUAAAUUCUUCAACAUGUGGAUAAUGCAUCAUGACUUUGCUAACCUAGUUGCGCAGGUUUGGCACCAAAGGUUUGAAGGUUCGGCCCAGUACACUAUAGUUAAAAAACUAAAAAUAUUAAAAGGGCCUCUCAAGAAAUUAAAUGACAGGGAAUUUGGGCACAUCUCUAGCAAAGCUAAAGCGGCCAAAGAGGACUUCAUGAGGAUGCAAAACCUUGUGCUCCAAUCUCCAUCGGAUGUUGAACUCCUACGCCAAUUGAAGGAAAAAAGGGCUUGGGCUACAUUCCUUAGUGAAGCGGAAACAAGCUUUUACCAACAAAAGGCAAAGGCUAACCACAUCUUGGAAGCGGACAAAGGCACUAGGUACUUUCAUGCAAUCGUGAAAAGGAAGGCAACACGGAAUGCAAUAUCCGCUAUUACUCUGGAGGAUGGUAGUCUUACUACAUCUUUAGAGCAAGUUGGAGAUGAAUUUGUAAAGUUUUUUGUGGAUUUGUUUGGUACAGGUACUGAAGGCCAUCCUUUGGAUCCCACGGUUUUGGGAUCUGGUCCAUUGGUGGGAAGUAGUGCUCAUGAGAGCCUCCUUGCGCCAGUUGAGACGAUAGAGAUUAAAAAUGCUCUAUUUGACAUCGGCAAUGACAAGGCACCAGGACCGGAUGGUUAUUCUUCUGCUUUUUUUAAGUCUAAUUGGGAACUUAUUGGGCAUGACAUAGUCCGGGCCAUCAAAGAGUUCUUUCGUUCGGGUAAGUUACUUAAGCAAAUUAACCACACGGUUAUUGCACUUAUCCCCAAAACAGACCACUCACCGAAGGUCUCAGACUAUAGACCAAUCUCUUGCACGAAUGUCUUGUAUAAAAUCAUCACAAAAAUCCUAGCGGCUAGACUUAGUCAAUGCCUUCCCGGCUUGAUUGACCUAGCCCAAGGUGCUUUUGUUGAUGGACGCCUCAUGUUUGAUAACAUUUUUCUUGCACAAGAACUCGUUAGAGGAUACAUGAGGAAGCGAAUCUCACCAAGAUGCAUGAUCAAGGUGGAUUUGCGUAAGGCUUAUGAUACGAUCUCAUGGAAUUUUCUUGAGGGAGUCCUAAGAGGGUUGGACUUCCCCGAUAGAUUUAUUGGGUGGAUUAUGGAGUGUGUAACCACGGCUUCAUUUUCCAUAUCUUUGAAUGGAUGUUUGUAUGGCUAUUUUAAGGGCAAAAGAGGUAUUCGCCAAGGGGAUCCAAUGUCUCCGCUUCUUUUUGUGCUUUGUCUUGAAUAUUUUUCACGAUUGAUUAAUUUAAAAACCAAAGGGCCGAACUUUAAUUUUCAUCCCCAAUGUGCGAAGCUUGGCAUUACCCACUUGGCCUAUGCGGAUGACCUAAUACUUUUCUCACGAGGCGACACGUAUUCUAUAGAAAUACUUGUCAAUGCCCUUAAAGAGUUUGGGGACGCAUCGGGCCUAAUGGUUAACCACAAUAAAUCUAACAUUUUUGUGGGGGGUGUUAAUGAUAAUGAUCUGGAUGAGAUUAUGGCCCUUGUGGACUUUGGGCGUGGGACGUUCCCGGUAAAAUACCUUGGAAUACCACUUGCCCCGUUAAAGGUUUCGGUGGCUCAAUAUGCGCCCCUGAUUUCUACUAUCUCUGACUUCUUGAAAGCUUGGAAUACUAAGACUUUAUCCUAUGCCGGGAAACUAGAGUUGAUUAGAUCGGUGAUCCAAGGGGUCCAAUCUUUUUGGCUACAAGUGUUUCCGGUCCCCCAAACUAUUUUAGAUAGGAUAGUCUCUAUAUGUAGAGUCUUCUUAUGGGGUGGAAAGUUCUCUAAAGUGGCUUGGGAUGACAUUUGUCUUCCAAAAGAGGAGGGGGGCCUUGGCAUUCAUAAUGCCAAGGUUUGGAACCAUGCCCUCCUAUCUCGAACACUUUGGGACGUCCAUAAGAAAAAGGAUACACUAUGGGUGAGAUGGGUCAAUGGGGUCUAUCUCAAAGGUAGGAGUGUGUGGGAUUUUGUUCCACGCAAUCGUGACUCAAUGUUCAUGAAGAAAUUGAGUCACAUCCGAGACCAAAUCAAGAGAUGUUUUAACAACCUAAAUGAUACCAUAAUGGGUCUAAAUGCUAGAUCCGAGAAUGGGAAACUAGUAUCGGGUAAGAUAUAUGAACUUUUGAGAACUAAAGGGACGGUUCGAGCUUGUAUGAGUUUCAUAUGGAAAUCUUAUAUCCCUCCCAAAUUCUCGUUUAAUGUUUGGCUUGCCUUGCGUAACAGGUUACCUACACAGGAUAACCUCAGUUACUUGCAUAUUGUUAACCGAUGUGACCUUUGUAAGGGUGGCUUGGAAACAAUGCCACACCUCUUCUUUCUUUGUCCUUACACUUGUAGGGUUUGGGAGCAUAUUAAAGACUGGUUGGGAUUAACAAGGGAGAUGUCCACACUCAAUAGCUCAGUCAAAUGGAUUUUGAAGAAUCAUAAAGGAUCGAAGAUCAAAGGGAAAGCUGCUCGUAUUGCCUUUUGUGCCACGGUCUAUUACCUUUGGCACGCUAGGAAUGCCAACCGAUUUGACGAAGCGGAUGUGAAGGAGGAGGAGACCAUUGCGAAAAUCAAGCAUGUGGUAUAUAAGAUACUAUUCAGUAUAUAUCCACAUGACUUGGUUAAAUUUUGAAGAAGGCAAAUGCAUGGAUAUUUUGGAUGCCGAGGUUUGAAGUUAAUUGACACUGCCACAUGGACACUUGUAUGUCGCGGCAUGGACCUUUUGGAUGCCGCGGCUUGGACAAUUCGGACACCAAGGCAUGGACAUCUUGGAUGCCACGUCAUGAGGUAGCGUCUUGGACGGGGGGUGUUUGCUACCACCUUUGUAUUUCUUUUAACUUUUGAACUUCUGCUCUAGUUGCUUACUUAAGUAGCACGGAUGUAUGUUUGAUUUUUUGAUUGGCAAGUAUUUAUGCUUGGUCCUUUUGGUGUGGAUUAGAUCGAGAAAAAAAAAAACCUCUCUUCACCCUCACAUUAUGUGGAGGUGGGGGGGUUUUAGGAAAUCUAGGACACUUGAUGUAUAGUUUUUUUCUGGGUAUUAAUAUACAUUUACAUUUCAUCCAAAAAAAAAAAUAAAGUUGGGAAAGUUUUCAAAAUAGGACUAAAAC